AUGUAUGAUGAUUUGCUGAAAGCUGUUGAUGAUGGACAAAUUACAAUAGUCGUUAUGAUUGACCUCAGUGCUGCGUUCGAUACCAUUGACAUCCCUAUUGCGCUUCAUAUACUUCAUGAUGACUUUGGCAUAGAUGACGUUCCUUUACAGUGGAUCAAAUCAUACUUGACUGAUAGGACCAUGAAAGUUAUCAUAAACAAUGAUUCAUCAAGACAAGAAAACCUGAUGUUUGGUGUGCCUCAAGGCUCCUGUGCUGGCCUAGUAAUCUUUACCUUGUAUAUUGCAGCAUUAAAAAGAGUUGUCAAGAAAUACCCGGCUCAGUUACAUGGUUAUGCUGAUGAUCAUAAAGUCGCUCUACAAAUUCAAGCUGGAAACAUAGAAAAUGAAACUUAUGUUCUUGAACAAUUAUCUGCUUGUUUGGAUAAUAUUUCUUCAUGGAUGGCAAAGUAUAAAUUGAAAAUGAACAAUGCAAAAACAGAGAUCAUUUUAUAUGAAAUACCAGUUUAUCAAAUAGAUCGACUUCAGAGACUCCAAAACCAGGCUGCUCGGGUAGUAAUGAAUGUGUAUGACCAACCUAGUGCUGAUCUCAGAAAAUCUCUACAUUGGUUACCAGUCAAGGCACGGAUUAUGUUUAAAGUAAUUCUUAUUGUUUUCCGAGUAAUACAUGGAACAGCUCCAACGUAUCUCAUAACUUUGUUUAAUUGUGUGAGAAGAAAAUACCGUCUAAGAUCAGCUGCUGAUGACACUUGUACACAGUUUGUUGUGCCAAGACGCAGGACCAGACUUGCUGACAGAUCUAUUUCUGUUAUGGGACCUAAAUGGUGGAACGCCCUACCAAAAGAAUUAAAGUGCAUUGCAUCGAUCGGAAAUUGCAUUCAGAAAAACACUGAAAGCACAUCUCUUUGA